UUUAAAUUUAACCUUAAAAAAAACAUUGUGACUGAUGUCCAACAUAAAGACCCUGAAACACAAAGCAUUGUUUUCUGGUAGCUGUUGCAGCAACUAUUUGUAGUUAAUCAUUUUUACUAUAAUGCUUAAAAUAAUAUUCGUGGUUAAACUUUGCAGGUUGAGAAAAUGCUGCAAAUAGGUUUCUAGUUGCCCGAUGUUUGGAAACAUCACUGUAAUAAAGUUGCUCCAAGUAUGAAAGAGACUUGAGAGAUGCACCCAACCAAGUGACUGGUUUUUUGUUCAAUGUGCAACAAUGCAGUUCCUGGCUGAAGGGAAAAAGGGUCAUGCUAUUCUAGGUAGCUCUCUGUGGAAUGGUGGGACAGCAGGGUGCAGCUGAAGGACAUGCUGCAAGAACGUUCUGGAAUGGAAUUGUAGUUCUCCCAUGCUUGACUCACCACACUUAUGGCACCUGGGCCCCCAAUCCCCACUCCCAUGCCCAUCAAAGGGGACACUAGCUGACACAGCCUCUACCCCAGCAGCUGGAACUUCCUGCGGAAACCGAUGUUCAGUCAGAAGUAGACAAUGCAGUUGAGAAAGCUGUUGGCACUGGGCAGCCAGACUGCCACAAACUCCACCCAAAUUGCUGAGGAGGAAGAAAAAAACAAUAAUAAUAAUCUGACUGGGAUCCCAAUUGUGUGUAAUGUUUUUCUUUUCGGCAGUUGAUUUCCAAUACCUGUACUUUAUUUGACAUUGUGACUAAAUUUAUCUAUUUGAAAUAUGACCUUCCAACUUCAACCCACUAACCUGGGAGCCAAGGAAGCCUCUGCCUCGACUGGUCGAGGAAAUUGACCAACAGGUGUUGCUGAAUGAGACGAAUGAUCCCCAACCAAUUUUCCUCUUACCCUGAGAAAGCAGGCUCCAAAGUAAACAGCCGUCUGAUAUAGAUUCCUCGGUAGUUGACUAGCUACCCAGGGUGGUUAUAGGAUUUAGAACCCCCUUUCAUUGCUGGCAUGCAACUCCACAAUAUGAAGUAUUAAAAUGAAUGAUUCCCAACUCCACAUAUUAGCAAUCUCUGAAAAAGUAAAUUCAAUUGCAACUGUAAUAAAACAAAACAUGGUACAUACAUCAGACGCUAAUCAAUAACCUUUGGGAACAGAGUUGAGUUUGCUAACUUCAAGAUUAGCAGCUGUAGCUUCACAGUGGCUGAGGAUGAUGAUGAGGGGUUUCUUAAUGGUGGGACCAUGGUAAGAUCCUAGACAACUUAAUAUUGCUUUAGGCAGUUCAGUGGUAACCGUUUGAAACGAACGAACAUGUACUUGCCUGUGUAGAGGAUGGUCAGAUCCCGAAUCCUGUUUUUCGUCAACAAGGCGGGGUACUUCAGAGGGUAGAACACAGAGAUAUCUCUCCAGGCUUAUGGCGGCCAGCGAGUAGAUACAAGAGUCGAAAGUAGGAGUCGGUCUUGUCUUUGUAUUCCCUAACCAGGCUUCCGAGGAGGUUUAAUGGCAUCACGAUGAGCGCCAAGGAUCCGGGAGGAGAGGACCCUCUCCCCCUUCUGAGCCAUGGAGUCCCUCCUGAACCCUGAACCCCACCUCACUUCACUGUUUAGCCCCGGGGCAAGUGUUGCUGGAAGAUACACUGUUCAGAGAAAGCUGGGAAGCGGCAGCUUUGCUACUGUUUACUUGGUAUUGGACAGCAAGUCCAAGAGUGAUGAGGUCAAGAAAGUUCUGAAGCAAAUCCUCGUGGGGGAGCUGAAAGGAGACGAGACGGUGUCCUCCGCUAAAGAAGCCCAGCUUCUGUCCAGUCUGGACCACCCAGCCAUCGUUCACUUCUACUGCAGCUUUGUGGAGCACGAUUCCUUCUGUAUCGCCACGGAGUACUGCGAGGGUGGGGACCUAGACAAUAGAAUCAGGGACCGCCGGAGUACUGGCAGACUAUUUUCAGAGAAACAAGUGCUGGAGUGGCUGAUUCAGAUUCUACUGGGAGUGCAGUACCUGCAUGAAAGACUGAUAUUACACAGAGAUCUAAAGACCAAGAACAUCUUUCUAAAGAACGGGAUGAUCAAGAUUGGUGAUUUUGGCGUGUCUCGAAUCCUGUCUGGGUCCCUUGACUAUGCCACCACCUUCACAGGGACUCCCCACUACAUGAGUCCGGAGAUCUUUACCUGUAGCAGCUACGACACCAAGUCAGAUAUCUGGUCCCUGGGCUGUGUACUCUAUGAGAUAGGAGCUCUCACUCGAGCCUUUGAUAACAAGAGCUGGGUGAAGCUGGUACACCAAAUCGUUCAGGGACCCUCCCCUACGUUACCUGACUGCUUCUCUUCUGAACUGAACGAUAUUUUACAGAGGAUGCUCGACAAAGACCCGACCAAGAGACCUAGUGCCAUGGAGACUCUGAAAACUCCGUUCAUUGAAGAGAGUGUGAAGAGCCUGGCAUGCCAGCUGGAAGAUCUUCUUGACAGAGACCUCGGGGAGUCCUGUGUUUCAGAGGAAUCGGCCCAGAUUGCUGCAGCCCUGGAACAGAAGGUUCACCUGGACAGUCUACGAGCUGCUGCCCAGGCCCAGGGGCUGGACCCCCGAGAGAGGAGGAGACUGCGACAGGACCAGCACCCAGAGAGGAGCAAAGUGCAAAAAGCCGUGGACCAGCUUUACCAGCAGAACCAGAAAAAAGUUUUAAAAUCAAGGCGUAGCAGAAAAGCACAGGCCAGCGAUGAAGGUGGAAAGCUGGAGUCACUAGAUGAGGUGGACCAGGGAAGCCUGCAACAAACCAGUGAGGACUGGGAUUCGGAGGGAGACUCUGAUUUUGACGAGUUGGAAGGGACUGUGAUUGAUUCAAUGUUGAUGCUCUCAGUGGAACAGAGCUGCACUCUCCAUGCCUAUCAGAACUGUCUGCUGGGCAUUCUACAGACCAGCACCACAGAUCAGGACCAAUGUGAUACCCUCACAGAAACAUCCCAAGAUGUAAACCUGAGCAUGUUAAUUGAAUCCAAAAUAAAGCACCUGCAACAGAUGUGUGUGGAGCAGCUUGGGGAUGAUGUGUUCCAGCAGGUCUACUUGUAUUUAAACAGCGCCCCCCAGCAAGGAGGCCCCUCAGACUGCGAAAACGACAGGGUCCCUGAGCAGCUGCAGACCUGGGUUCAAGACCCCCAGCACUGCCUCAUGGUCCAGCAGCUUCUGUUUCUAGAAGAGCAACUGAGGGAACCCUCUGAGCUCAAACAAGCUGGGAUGGGAACCCUUGGCACAGAUCUGUAAAGUGCUUACAGUACAACUCACCAAUAUUAAUAUUGUAUUAGUUUCUCUGAAUAUCAGUUAAAUUGUUAAUACAUACAGUACAGAAAAGGUGGAAUUUUUUAUGAAUAUAUGUGCAGUUAUCAAUAUUUUAAGUGGGAUAACCAACAAAGUGACAAAUCUAUGAAAAUAAUCCAUUGUUUUCAAGUAUUGUCAGGCACAGGAAACUAGAUAAUUUGAAUUCCCCACUGAGUUACAUCCAUUUUUCUCCUUAAUUGUGGGCAUUAGCUGUUAGGACCAGUUUGAAAUUGUCUAUUCCUAAAAUUUAUUUUCUAUGUAAAUGUUUCGAAUUGGCUUUACAGUUGCUUGGAGAACCUUUUUUUUGUGUGUGUGUGUGUGUGUGUGUAUUUGGCUUCCAUACAGAAAUAUAAUGUGAGCUCCACUUGCUCUCUGGUUCAAUACCUCUGGUUCAACAGUGCAGAAAAAUCCAAUAUACACAUUUAUAUAUGCUUUAUUUCUGGAACAAAAAGUAGAUACAAUGUUCCAGCAAAAGGAUUAUAUAGGCUGUGCAUUAAAUGUGUGAACAUUGUGAUUAGUAAAAUGGAACAAGGCCUUGGUGUCAACUGCUGUUCCAGAUUUUUCUGGACUAAUUGGGAUUGUCAAGCAUUGGAAUACUCAUAUUGUUGAAUGUUUAUGAUUCUCAGUGAUUUCUUAAAGAGGAAGUAACUUUUCUGAGUGGAAAUGUCAUCAACACACUUUCCCAGGCCUUACGAACAAGCAAAAAAUAAACAAACCAACUACAUACUCAGAACUAUUAAGAAUAAACUGUUUAAAGGUAAUUUGAAGCUCUUAUACACUAUUAAAUGAAUCCCUAUGAAACCUGUACUGUACAGUAGGUAGUAUGACUAUUGUUUUUAUAUAUGUAUUGUGAAAAUACAUACGAACUGUACUAAUUUUGUACCAUUUAA